AUUUUCACGCGUCGGCUCCUCCGGUCUUAUUCUCCACGCCGAAGCCCGAGAAGGGAUGCGCGCGCCCUGGAGAAGCGACAAGGGGUAGUAAAGAUUAUUCUUGUUUGUGCAGCCAAAGCUUCUUGCUUCGUCACACCAUCACCUCGCCGUGACAACACCGAAUAAGGAGAGACAGGAUGCACGCCACCGUCCGAACACUGACCAACUCGUUUGUCGUUUCGUCGAAGCGCACGCCGUUUGGCGCCUACGGCGGCAAGCUCGCUUCCAUCUCGGCCUCUGCGCUCGGUGGCCACGCGUCCAAGGCGGCGCUUGCCGUCCUGCCGCCGUCGACCAAGGUUGAUGCGACCAUCUACGGCAACGUGCAUGCGUCGGACAACACGGCCGCCUACCUCGCCCGGCACGUCGGCCACCAGGCCGGCCUGCCCGUCACGACGCCUGCGCUGACUGUCAACCGGCUCUGCGGCUCGGGCUUCCAGAGCCUCAUCAAUGCCGUGCAGGAGAUCAGCGUCGGCGACGCCAACGUCGUCCUCACCGGCGGCACCGAGUCCAUGUCGAUGGCGCCCUACACCCUCCACGGCGUCCGCUUCGGUGGCGGAAGGUACGGCGUCGACCUCAAGCUCGUCGACUCGCUCGCCGCCGCGCUGACGGACAUGGUGCCGACGCCCACGCCCAUGGGCAUCACGGCUGAGAACCUGGCCGACAAGUACGGCAUCACGCGGCAGAUGUGCGACGAAUACGCGCUGCAGAGCCAGCAGCGGUGGCAAAAGGCCAACGAGGAGGGCGCAUUCAAGGACGAGAUUGCACCCAUCGACGUCAAGGUCAAGAAGGCCACUGAGACCUUUGCUGUCGACGAGCACCCGCGCGGCAAGACGACGAUCGAGACCCUCGCCAAGCUUCCCUCCGUCUUCAAGAAGGACGGCACCGUCUCGGCGGGCAACGCCUCGGGCAUCUGCGACGGUGCCGCGUCUAACGUCAUUGCUUCCGAGGCUGCCGUCAAGGAGUUCGGCCUCAAGCCGCUGGCGCGCAUCGUCUCGUACGGCGUCACGGCCUGCGAGCCCAGCAUCAUGGGCAUCGGGCCCGUCGAGGCCGUCAAGCUGGCUCUCAAGCGCGGCGGAAUCAGCAAGGACCAGAUCGACCUCUGGGAGGUCAACGAGGCCUUUGCGGCCCAGUUCCUUAGCGUGCAGAAGGAGCUCGAGCUGCCCAAUGACAAGACCAACGUCUUUGGCGGUGCCAUUGCUCUCGGACACCCGCUGGGCGCAUCGGGCGCGCGAAUCAUUGCCAACCUGACGCACAACCUGCACCGCCUCGACAAAAAGUACGCAGUCGGCGCCGCCUGCAUCGGCGGUGGCCAGGGCAUCGCCGUCGUCCUCGAGCGCGUCUGAUUUGGCUUCAGUGCCCUUGGAACAAAUUACUCUCUACCCCUUCAUUAUUUCUGAAUGGCAAAAGAUUUUGAUAAUUGCAGGCUCAGUGAU